CAGAAUGUGUUAGUCGCUUGAAAUAUGAUGAUGUAUUUAGUUCUGUGAGUGGUGUAAAUAUAUACGCAUAAAAAUGAGUAUUUAAAAUGACGAAAGAUAAGCCAAAGCUAUCACAAAUGUUUUUAUUUCAUCGAAAUUGGUUUUUGACUAUUUUUUUUUUGUACAUCAUUAAUUAGAAGAAACAUAGUCGUCGUGUGUCAAAACAUUUUUUCUAACGUGAAAGUGAACAAAAAAAUAAUAUGACGCAAAUAGUGCGAUCAAUGAAACAAAACACAAAGCAACAAUUAUAUCGAGUGAACGCUUUUUCUUAAUGUGCGAUUGCCAAUAAAUAAAAAAAACGAAUUUUUUUUGGUGCAAACCAAACAUAACGAUGAACAUAACAAAAUGCAUAUUUCUUACAAUUUUGAUGUGCGCCUAUUAUCUGGCACAAAUCAAAUGCGAUGUGACCGAGAUACCAGAACAAGAUUGUACCGAUCUUGCCAAAGACGUGCCGUUGCUGGUUUUCUCAACAUUAGGGGGCGGAUUAACUGCUGUCGAUCCAAUUACUAGCGAAAUUCGAUGGAAUAUUGAAGAUGAUCCGGCGAUAAGAGUACCGACCCAUUCCGAAUCAACGGUAUCACCGUAUUUACCCGAUCCACGUGAUGGAAGUCUUUAUCAGCUCGGUGAUAUGGGUAGCUUGAAAAAGCUACCAUACACAAUACCGCAAUUAGUUGCAAGUGCACCAUGCCGUUCGAGUGAUGGCAUUUUAUAUUCGGGUAAAAAGAAAGACACAUGGUUUUUAAUCGAUCCAAAAACGGGCAAACGAGAAAAGGUGGUCGGAUUUGGUGCGGAUAGUAAAGAUUCGAUUGGGUGGGCUACGUCACGAGCCGUUUAUUUGGGACGAACACAAUAUACCGUUUUAAUGUAUGACAGUCGUACCAAAGACAAAAAUGCCAAACCCUGGAAUGUCACAUUUUUCGAUUAUUCAUCGCACUCAAUGGCACCAGAAGUUUCGAAUGAAUAUGAGUUUCUCCAUUUUUCGGGAAGCAGCAGUGGAUUGACGGUGACAUUGGAUAGAGAAUCCGGUACGUUUUUGUGGCAAAAAGACUUUUCCAGUCCGGUCGUGGCUGUUUUUCUUCUCGGGCCAGAUGGUUUAUUGAGCGUGCCGUUUUCAACUGUUUCGGAUGGCGCCCUAAAGAGUAUCAUCGAAUAUGCCAGAGAUGGACAACAAAAUAGCAUCAAGUUGUUCGAAAGUUUGUAUGUCGGUGAGCACGUACACGGUCUGUACGCGUUGCCCACGUUAAUCGAUGAGAAUACAAAAACAAUAUCAAGUGAACCGAUGAUGAAGCUUCUAGACGGUCCAACGGCAAAUGACAAUCCCAAUUUGGUCUACCUAAACACAUUGAUGGAGACGACGAAUGAUAAAAAUAAAAAUGUCGUCGUACUGGGCCAUUAUCAGAUGCCAAAAACAAAGGAAGAAUUUAAAUUGAGCAUUGCACCCCCAAAAACGGCGAGCAUAGACAAUGCCAAUGUUCAUGAAUUAAUUGCAACGAAUAUGAAAAACGAAAAUAAAGCAUUUGAAGUGAAUAUUAAUCGAAAAGGAAGUAUUGGUAGCAUCAUUCCACCGCCAAAAGAAUCAAUUCAAUCAAAUCCAACUGUUCCCGGGCUUGAGUUGCAAUCACCGAAAGAAUUUAUAUCGAACGUUUAUCGAAAAUCACAAGCCUGGCUAAACGACCAAGAGAGCAAAAUCUUAAAAUUACUCUUAAUCAUAUUGUUUGGAUUGGUGAUUGCGAUGUUUUGGUACAUGAAAUUUGUCAUGCAUGAAAUACGAUCACAGAGUCAAAGUGGAUCGCAGACAUCGGUGUCGGGGGGCAAGAAAAAUGGUGUCUAUGAUGAACUCAUCGAUUUAGGUGAUGGCGUUAGCCAAGUUGGGAAAAUAACUUUCAAUUCAUUGGAGGUGCUGGGCAAAGGAUGUGAAGGAACUUUUGUAUUUAAGGGAAGAUUUGAAGAAAGAAAUGUUGCUGUUAAACGAUUACUGCCCGAAUGUUUUACACUGGCCGAUCGAGAAGUGACCUUACUCAGAGAGUCUGAUGCUCAUGAAAAUGUGGUGCGAUAUUUUUGCACCGAACGUGAUCGACAAUUUAGAUAUAUUGCUGUUGAACUGUGCUCAGCAACUGUUCAAGACUUUACAGAGGGCAAAGUGUCGAGUGAAAUCAAAAAUAGCAUAACCAUGAUUGAUGUACUUCAGCAAGCAACAAACGGAGUAUUGCAUCUUCAUAGCUUGAAAAUUGUUCACCGCGACAUCAAACCACAGAAUAUCUUGCUAUCAUUUCCAGAUGCCAAUCGAAAAAUUCGAGUGAUGAUUUCUGACUUUGGCUUAUGCAAGAAGCUAAAUUUAGGGAAAAAUAGCUUUUCACGACGAUCCGGCAUCACUGGCACCGAAGGAUGGAUCGCACCAGAAAUGCUUAAGGGACAACGCACGGUAUGGAAAUUCUGCCAAUAAAAUUCCCUAAAUGCU